AUGGACUCCGAUGACGAGGAGGCGUUCACGGCUCUGAUGGAGGAGGAAGCCGAGGCGGACACCGAUGACGAAGAGAACCUCAUGAUCCUCGCCGCUCCGGUCGGCCUGUUUGCCAACAAUGCAAAGCCACAGCGAGGUGGCUCGGCGCUGGGCCGCCGCAAGAGCAAGCAGAGGCAUCGAAUGGAGGGCUACUGCUUGCUCUGCGCCGACUACUUCGCCGACGUUCCACUGCACAAUGAGAAAGUGUUUCGUCACCGUUAUCGGAUGAGCCGGAAGCUCUUCCUCGCGAUUGUGAAUGCCAUCCAGGAGUUUGGCAGCUAUUUCAUUUGCAAGAAGGAUUGCACCGACAUAGUUGGAUUCUCCUCACCCCAGAAGUGCACGGCAGCUAUGAGGAUGCUUGCAUACGGAGCUGCCAGUGAUAUACAGGAAGAAUAUGGACGCAUGGCCGAGUCCACCACCAUUGAGUGUUUGUACAAGUUCUGCAAAGCAGUGGUGGCAGUGUUUGGACAGCAAUACUUGCGAUCACCCAAUGCUGAAGAUACUGCUCGGAUCCUAGCACAUAAUGCAACAAAAGGAUUUCAUGGGAUGCUUGGAAGCAUCGACUACAUGCAUUGGGCAUGGAAAAACUGUCCAUUUGCUCGGGCAUCGAAGUCGAGCAGCCUUUGGCCGAGGAGAAGGCUGCCCGUUAAUGUACGCUGUGUCAGCAGCUCUCCGGCCGCCGCUUACACAACGAAGGUUUCACGGAAUGCGAACAUAGCCAAGCUCCAAGCAGGCUAUCUGUUUCCUGAGGUUGCCAGAAGAAGAGCAGCUCAUCUUCUGAAGUAUCCCGACGCAAAAAUUAUAAGCCUGGGAGUAGGUGACACUAGCGAACCCAUUCCGGAGGUCAUAACAAAUGCCAUGGCAGAGAGAGCACAUGCUUUAUCCACAAUUGAUGGCUACAGUGGUUAUGGAGCUGAACAAGGUGAAAAGAAACUAAGGGCAGCAAUUGCUGCAACCUACUAUUCGGAUCUUGGCAUUGAAGAAACCGAUAUAUUUGUCUCUGAUGGUGCUAAAUGUGACAUUUCUCGUCUACAGAUUCUAUUUGGAUCUAAUGUGAAGAUUGCAGUUCAAGAUCCUUCAUAUCCCGUAUAUGUUGAUUCAAGUGUUAUCAUGGGUCAAACUGACUUAUAUCAGCAGGAUGUUCAGAAGUAUGGAAAUAUUGAAUACAUGACAUGCAGUCCUGAAAAUGGAUUUUUCCCUGAUCUUUCAAGUGUCCCACGGACGGACAUCAUAUUCUUUUGUUCACCCAACAAUCCUACUGGUACUGCUGCAUCUAGGGACCAGCUAACACAAUUAGUCAAAUUUGCGAAGGACAACGGUUCCAUAAUAUUCUAUGAUUGUGCUUAUGCCAUGUACAUAUCAGAUGACAGCCCGAAAUCCAUCUUUGAAAUUCCUGGAGCAAAAGAGGUUGCCAUGGAGACAGCAUCUUUCUCUAAAUACGCUGGAUUCACUGGCGUCCGGCUGGGUUGGACUGUGGUCCCUAAGGAGCUCCUUUUCUCUGAUGGGCAUUCAGUUGCUAAAGAUUUCAACCGUAUAGUCUGCACUUCCUUCAAUGGUGCAUCAACCAUUUCUCAAGCUGGCGGUUUAGGCUGCCUCUCUCCAGAGGGUCUAGAGGCUAUGCAAGACGUUGUCGGAUUCUACAAAGAGAAUACUAAAAUCAUUCUUGACACAUUUACAUCCCUCGGGUUCAACGUCUAUGGUGCCAAGAAUGCUCCCUAUGUGUGGGUGCACUUUCCCGGCCGUAACUCUUGGGAUGUCUUUGCCGAGAUCCUUGAGAAGGCACAUGUGGUUACUACUCCUGGCAUUGGAUUUGGGCCUAGCGGCGAGGGCUUUGUGAGGGUUAGCGCAUUUGGCCACAGAGAGACCAUCAUUGAAGCUGCAAGAAGACUGAAGCAGCUAUACAAAUGAGCAUUGAUUCAACCCGUGUCAUUCUCUCCUUGGGGAACCCAAGAGCCCAGCAGCAUUUGGAACACAAGAUUUGUUUCUCCGCUACCGGAAAGUGUCCGAACAGAAACAACGUGUUGUUUUUGCUCCUCUAGGUGUUGCCCCAUCCGUAACCAUUUAAAUUUGUCUCACAUCUACUCGGUUCCUGAUGUGUCUGCGUUGUUGCCGUCACACUUGUAUGUCUAAGGCCGUCUACAAUGUAGCCAAUCCAAACUGGGUAAU